ACCAAAAUCGAAAAACCCUUCUUAUUGGGAAUUUCGAAGAUUGUGUUCAGUUCCGGAAAUAAUUCGAAAGUUUCUAUUGCGCAUGAGUAGCGAACUCAAGAACUCAAAGGAACUUGUUUCUCCCAUUGUUUUGAUUCAAGAUUUUCAAUCUUGCUCAAAUGACCGUGACUGUAGGUUUAAUUUUACUCAGCUUAUAUACAUGCACUCUAGGAAAUCCAGUGAGCGUGUGUCUUCCAAACCACAGUUGCCUACCCAUUCCUGAGUGUCAUAUCAAUCUUGAUGAUGUUGUCUAUCCCUGUGACGAAGGUAGAAACAUAUGUUGCGCAAAUCCAAAGACCCAAAACUACAGCACCAAAUUUACUGAACAAGCCAAAAAAAUAAAUUCAACUCCCUCAGAUAACGGUUUGAGAGAUAAUUAUAACGAAAAACCAAAUUUCAACGACGGAAAUGGAGAAUCUGCCAUCGAUGAAACGCAAGAAUUCGUGCGAAACGCCAGUCUGAGCGGAUUUAUAUCCAACAGGCCAAUAAAAAAUUAUAACACAUACGAUCCUAAAGCUACUACCCGCACUCCGAUUACAGCAGGAAGUUUCGAAGAUGUUAGAUUUAAUAUUCCCAACUAUAAUCAAGAAUUUGAGCGAAAAGAUGUCCACGGUACGAAAAAUUACGAAAAUAAGAAGAAAAUUAGCGAAGAAGAUAAAAAUUUUGCAGUUCUAAGAAGAAGUAUUUUCAAAGAGAAUUGUGGUUUGACAUUUGCUGAUAAUAAAGUGACUGGAGGAAGAGUUGCAGAGCUUGGCCAGUUCCCGUGGAUGGCUCUAUUGGCCUUCAGACAGGCUGCUCAACCAGUACCUCAAUUCUUAUGCGGUGGGACACUAAUAACGACAAGACAUAUUCUGACAGCAGCACAUUGUAUCAUAGAAAAUAGACCGUUAGAAUUAGUUUUUGUGAGAUUGGGCGAAUAUAAUCUUACAUCUCAAAGAGAUUGUGUGAACUUUGGAAAUAGACGUGUAUGUGCUGAUCAACAUACAGAUGUUUACGUAGAACGUGUUGCAGUCCAUCCAGAGUAUAGUAGACAAACACUUAAAAACGACAUUGCGCUCAUAAGAUUGAGACAUUCUGUAAGGGAAUCAGAUUACAUAAGGGCAAUUUGUCUACCAUUCGACAAGCACUGGUCUUAUUCUGAAUUGACAGGACAGAAUUUUACAGUUAGUGGUUGGGGAAAAUCUGAUUCAGGAAAUCUUUUCGGUUCGGACGUCCUCCAAUUUGCCAAAGUGAAAACCUGGGAUCAACAUAAAUGCAAUAACUCAAUUCCAACUCAAGUCAAGCCACUCAGCGAGAUGCAGCUCUGUGCCAACGGUCCCAACACUGAAGAUGCUUGCAAGGGUGACAGCGGAGGCCCUUUGAUGAACAUAACCCUAGAUAAGAGUUUAGAAGUGAGAUAUAUACAGGUCGGGAUUGUUUCCUUCGGUACAGCCACCUGUGGCGAUAAAAAUCUGCCUACCAUAUAUACAAGGGUGGAUAAAUAUCUCAAAUGGAUAGUUGAGAAUGCUACCUAAAAGAAAUAAAUUGUUGUAGUAUGUA